AUGAACCAGCGCCCGGAACUACGACGGAACGGGUCCUUCGACUCGGACACGUCCUCGUUCUACUCGGUACGCUCGGGAGACUCGGCGUACUCCGUCUGGUCGUCUUCAGAGUCUGACUCCUUCGUCUGGAGGGACGACCCCUACGGGUUCUACGGGGUCGGCGGUGCCGUUACGCGGUACGUCGACGAUCGUGACGACCAGCGCAAACGGUUCGCCGCGCACAUUCUAAGCGGGCCGUUUGCCCAGUUCUACAAGAAGAAGCGACAUGCGAGCUCUCACGCCCGACCAGGCCGCAGCACACACAGCUCGCGCUCCAGCUCGCGUUCUAGCACAAACAGUGUUAGUCCAGGAAGAGGCCACCAUCACGAUCCCCGUUUCCACUCCCGGCCUCCUAGCGCCGGGCCCCAGUACCACCAGGAGCAGUUUCGCGAGGAACAAUUUCACGAGGAGCAGUUCCAAGAAGAACAGUUCCACGAGGCAUCCUUCCACCAGCCGCCUUUCCAUCCAGGUUUCCACGGAGGACCACCCCCUCCCCCGCCGCCACCACCACCCGCUGCACCCGCCGGGUUCGAAGGCGGCUUCAUCCAGCUUGGCGGCGGUCCUCCACCACCACCACCACCUCAAGACCCAGUCUGGGGUAACGACGCAGGCUACGGGCCCGGAGUACGUGUUUACGAUUAA